CAUACUGCCCUAAACACCAUCUCUAGUCCUCAUUUUCUUCUUCAUAUAAGCCCUAUAUUCCUCUCCUCUAACUCCAUUCACAUUUCACAAUAUAUUGUGCAGCCCAUCUAAAUUCUCUUACUGAAAAUAUCGACUUUUAUGAUUCACACCAAAAUAUUUGGAAUUACAAGUGAAAAACUUUGAUCCAGAAUAGCUAUUGAUUGAAUUAUUCUUGAACUCUCUUGUUGAUAGACUAGUCUUUUAGUCAACCUGUUCUGUAAAAUUUGAGAGGGCCUGGAACCCUAAAAUCAUAUUUGGACGGCUUUGUUGUUCACCUACUGGAGAGCAAUAAGUUAUGAUACUGCAAAGAACUGAUGAUUGAUAUUUUAGAAUUCUGAUGGGAUUAAAGAUGGAUUUUGAGUCCCCUUAAGCGGUGAAAUAUGAACGAGAAUGGGAAAGAAUGUGGAUUGUGUACUCGUAGAUGGAUUCUUCGACUAAUAUUGCAAUUUUAGAGACUAGAGAGGAUGUUUGCUAAGAGAGUUCUGCUUAAGGUUAAGGUACUUAAUAUGAGCCACCGAAUUCAUGUAUGGAUCUAUAAUUUUUGGAAUUUCUGACAGAAUUUGAAAUUUUUAUGAAAAAAUGCAAUAAUUUUUCAGUGAAAUCUCCUAAAACCUCAAAAAUCACACAUAACUCAAAGAAUCAUACAUCUUAGAUGUUCCUGAAUCAUGUAUGUCUAAUACCCAGAUCCAGAGAGGCUAAUCAGACCAUGGAGGAGGAAUGUCAGGCUUCAGGAACCUUAAUGGUGAGGUAUGGAUCGUAAUGCUGCUCUAUGUGUAAUUAAUUAUAAAGGCUUAAAAUUCAUCCUUA